GGUACUCAAUUAGAAACAUUUCUUAACGACAAACAUUUAUAUUAAAUUAUGUAAUGUGCUCGUUCACUGGUCACUAAUAUUUUUCUCCUGGUGGCCAAUUAAAGUGUCAAUCCCCACUCGCAAGACGUUAAUCACCUUCUUCGCUUCAUAACUUAGCAGCCUUUUACUUUUAUUAUUAUUAACUUUUUCCAUCAAUCGUCAUCUUGGUUGCUGGUCUCUCGUAGCAGUCAGUACACGCUAAAUUUGGCCGUCUGUUCAGCUAAGUUUCUUUCCCAUACUGAGUAGUGAGUAGUAUGCUAGUUCUACUAUAAUCUCUCACUGCAGUCUUCUGCUUAUUAUCCACUGAAAACGAAGGAAGCAAAGCAAUAAUGGUGACUCAUAAAUGCUACUAUUUUCUUUUCCUCUCGUUGGCUUUUCCACUUCUCAUGGAUGUAGCCAAAGCCCAGAUGCCAGGUUUUUUAAGUUUGGACUGCGGAGGCAAAGGUAACUUCACAGAUGAACUUGGUCUCCUGUGGACUCCUGAUGGUCAGAUGAUCAGCGGAGGAAGAGCUAAUAUUUCUGUUGCAAAUGAGCAAAGAACUCAAUAUAUGACUUUGAGAUAUUUUCCUGCAGAUAACAGAAAGUAUUGUUACACACUUAAUGUUAUGAGUAGGACCAGAUACCUUUUAAGAGCAAGCUUCUUGUAUGGAAACUUUGACAACAACAACGUGUAUCCAAAGUUUGAUAUUUCACUAGGGCCUACUCGCUGGGCUACGGUGGUUAUUUCAGAUGCUAGCACUAUAGAAUAUCAAGAGUUAAUAUUUCUUGCUACUGAACCCACCAUUAGCGUCUGUUUGUCUAAUGCUACCACUGGGCAGCCAUUUAUUUCGACCCUUGAGCUCCGACAAUUUAAUGGUUCAAUUUAUAUGACCCAAUUUGAGAACGAGUUCUUUUUAAGUGUUUCUGCAAGAAUAAAUUUUGGUGCUGAUAGUGAUACUCCAAUCAGGUAUCCUCAUGAUCCAUUUGAUAGGAUAUGGGAAUCUGAUACUGUGCGAAAAGCCAACUAUCUAGUUGAUGUUGCACCUGGUACUGAAAAGGUAUCUACUCGAAUGCCAAUUGAUGUUAGCUCUGGUGAAAGACCACCUGAGAAAGUGAUGCAGACAGCUGUAGUUGGAAGAAAUGGGUCACUCACAUAUCGGUUGAAUCUGGACGGUUUUCCUGGUUCUGGAUGGGCAUUCACCUAUUUUGCAGAAAUUGAAGAUUUGGCUCCAACUGCUACCAGAAAAUUCAGGCUAGUGUUACCUGGAAAUCCUGAUCUCAGCAAGGCUAUUGUCAAUAUUGAAGAGAAUGCCUCGGGGAAAUAUCGUUUAUAUGAACCUGGAUACUUCAACAUAUCGCUUCCCUUUGUCUUAUCAUUCAGAUUUGGAAAGACGUCUGAUUCUACAAUGGGGCCCCUCCUGAAUGCAUUAGAAAUAAAUAAGUAUCUGAAGAAAAGCGAUGGCUCUUUGGAUGGACAACUUGUUGCUGGUAUAAUCUCAGCUUACUCUACUGCUGAUUGGGCACAAGAAGGUGGUGACCCAUGCUUACCGACCACGUGGUCGUGGAUCCAAUGUAACACAGAUCCUCAGCCUAAAAUAACAUCCAUCAAAUUGUCGAGGAAGAACUUGACUGGAAGUAUCCCUUUAGAGUUAACAAAAUUGAGCGGCUUAGCUGAAUUAUGGCUUGAUGGAAAUUCAUUUUCUGGUACAAUUCCUGAUUUUUCUGGAUGCCCAAACUUGAAGACAAUACAUCUUGAGAACAAUCAGUUGACUGGAGGGCUGCCUUCCUCCUUGGGAGGUUUACCGAAUUUAAGAGAACUGUAUGUGCAGAACAAUGAGUUAUCUGGGACUAUCCCAUCAAAUCUUCUGAACAGGGGUCUGAUCUUAAACUAUACUGGGAACAUUGGUCUUCAUAAAGGAGGCAGUGCAGGAAAUCAUAAGAAAAUCAUUAUUGGAUCAUCAGUUGGUGCUGCAGCACUGCUGCUCGCCACUAUUAUCUCUUGCUUAUUGAUGCAGAAAGGAAAUAAAAAUUAUGCAAAUCAAGACCAGCAUGAACAUCGUUUACCUGGUCAAAGAGUUGUCUCCUCAUUGGGUGAUGCUGCAUCUGAAGUUGCUCAUUACUUCACUUUGUCUGAGCUUGAAGAUGCAACAAGGAACUUUGAGAGGAAAGUCGGCUCAGGAGGCUUUGGAGUUGUGUAUUACGGGAAACUCAAGGAAGCGAAGGAAAUUGCUGUGAAAGUUCUCACAAAUAACUCCUUCCAGGGCAAACGAGAAUUUUCGAAUGAGGUGGCUCUUCUUUCGAGGAUACAUCACAGGAAUCUUGUACAGUUUCUUGGAUAUUGCCAAGAAGAAGGGAAAAGUAUACUUGUGUACGAGUUCAUGCAUAACGGGACUCUAAAGGAACAUCUCUAUGGGCCUAUAACACAUGAAAGAAGGAUCAGUUGGAUUAAGCGCCUUGAGAUUGCUGAAGAUGCUGCUAAAGGGAUUGAGUACCUUCAUACUGGGUGUACUCCAUCCAUCAUUCAUAGGGAUGUAAAGACCAGCAAUAUCCUCCUUGACAAGGACAUGCGAGCAAAGGUUUCGGAUUUUGGUCUCUCAAAACUUGCCGUAGAUGGAGCUUCCCACGUGUCAAGCAUUGUUCGAGGAACUGUUGGCUAUCUAGAUCCUGAGUAUUAUAUCUCCCAGCAGUUGACGGACAAGAGUGAUGUCUAUAGUUUCGGGGUCAUUCUACUGGAGCUAAUAUCUGGUCAAGAGGCAAUUUCAAAUGAAAACUUUGGUGUGCACUGUCGCAAUAUAGUCCAAUGGGCGAAGUUACACAUCGAGAGUGGAGAUAUCCAAGGGAUCAUUGACCCCUCAUUGCAUAAUGAAUAUGACAUCCAAUCAAUGUGGAAGAUAGCUGAGAAAGCUUUGAUGUGUGUCCAACCCCACGGGAGCAUGAGGCCCCCUAUUUCAGAAGUUAUUAAGGAGAUCCAAGAUGCAAUAUCGAUUGAAAGAGGUGCAGAAGCAAUCAGGGAAGGUAGCUCAGAUGAUAUAUCCAGGCAAUCUAUUCAUUCUUCCUUAAACUUGGGGGGUUCUCUGGACUUGGGUGCAAGUGAGCAUUACUUAUCAAUUGAUGAGUCCAUUGCACGGCCAACUGCUAGAUAGGAUUUGUCUACUCACAAGUCUCGCCCUAUUUCCCAUUUUUUCGGGAUAGCUCGAAUUUAUCCGGAGCGAUAGAAUAUUCUGAGUUUCUCGGCUUCGUUUAGUACUUAAUGGCAGUACAUAUUAUGUGGGCUGUGUAGAUUAUGAGUUAGCUACUCAAUUUAUUCCAAAUAUUGGCCAUUGUAUUAGCAGAGCAAGAUUGGUGGACUGUACCCAGUGGAUUAUUGAAGUUUUUUUUCUCCCCUUUUUUGGGGUGGAGAUGCUGACUCCCUAGCACUAUGACUAUCGGGAAGGACAGAAUGGACACCAAGUAGUGUGUCACAUGCCAAAUGCUGCUGGCUCUGUGUAUUAAUCUUGCCUAGUUAAACUGUGAUGAUUUAAAUGGUGAAACUGACCCUGAACCUGAAAAGUUGUAGUAGCAGCCAUGUGAGAUGUAUCAUGGAGGUCAUAGUCCUUGCAGCUUGUUGA